GGGAAAAACGCUAGUGUGAGGAUAUUAUAUAUAAAAACACUGCUCCAUAAGUGGUUCAAACACUAGCAUCACAUCAUCUAGCAUUCUGCAAACUACACUCCUCUCAGCUUAUCAAAUGGCUCUUCUCCAAUGGCUGAAGGAAGACUAUAAACAAGUCAAGAACCAUUCUUGUUCUUUGUUUUCAUCUUCAUAACUCUAUCGAUGAAACUUCUCUCUAUAAACAAGUCAAGAACCUGCAGAAGAUCCAAUUUCCCUCCUGGCCCUCCUACCCUACCCAUCAUUGGAAAUCUCCACCAGUUAGGAACCAUGCCCCACCUAUCUCUUCAAGGCCUUGCUGAGAAAUAUGGACCCAUAAUUUUCCUCCAACUUGGUGAAAUCCCAACAGUCGUUGUUUCAUCAGCUAGAAUUGCAAAAGAGGUGUUGAAGACCCAUGACCUUGCACUUGCAAACCGCCGACAACUAUUUUCAGCUAAGUACCUCUUUUACAACUGGACAGACAUUGUUUUCUCUCCUUAUGGUGCUUACUGGAGGCAUAUCAGAAAAAUUUGCAUCCUUGAGCUUCUCAGUGCUAAAAGGGUACAAUCAUACAGUUCUGUUAGAGAAGAAGAAGUUAGUCGUCUGGUUCAUCGGGUGGCAGGGUCUUAUCCCAGAACAAUCAAUUUGUCUAAGAUUUUGAAUCAGUAUGCAAACAAUGUCCUUUGCAGGGUAGCAUUUGGAAGGGACUUUUCUGAAGGAGGAGACAAUCAACGAUUUGGGUUCCAAAAGAUGCUUGAUGAGUACCAGGAACUACUUGGUGGAUUCAGUUUUGGGGACUUCUUUCCUUCCUUGGAGUUCAUGCACAGCUUGACGGGAAUGAAAUCAAGACUUGAAGACACUUCUCAAAGAUUUGAUCAACUCAUUGAUCAGAUACUGAAUGAACACUUGGCUUCAGAUAAAGUAGAGGAGCAUAAGGACCUAGUGGAUGUUUUGCUUGAGGUGCAGAAGAAUGAUUCGGGUGAGAUGCCUCUCACCACUGAUAACAUCAAGGCAAUCAUCUUGGACAUGUUUGCUGCAGGAACUGAUACAACCUUCAUUACCCUUGAUUGGGCAAUGACAGAGCUGCUAAUGAAUCCUCAUAUUAUGGAAAAAGCUCAAAACGAAGUGCGGAGCAUCCUGGGAGAAAAAAGAGUUGUUGCAGAGAGUGAUCUGCAACAACUACACUACAUGAGUGCUGUUAUCAAAGAGACUUUUUGAUUGCAUCCCGCAGUUCCAAUUCUAGUCCCAAGGGAAUCCAUGGAAGAUGUUAUCAUAGACGGGUACAAAUUCCAGCUAGAACAAGAAUUUUUGUGAAUGCUUGGGCAGUAGGAAGGAACCCAGAAAGUUGGGAAGAUCCUAGUGUAUUUAAACCAGAGAGGUUUCUAAAGAGUAAUAUUGACUUCAGGGUGUUAGGAAAAACAAAGGGAGAAAGCUGCGCCGUGGAAGAACCACUGCCUUGAAAGCAAAAAUUCCGGCAGACCUCCGGUGCAAUCCAGUGCCGGGUUUGCUCCCCAAGGUUAACACAGCUGCACGUCAGGUACUGUGCACUCAGAACCAGAACGUACUGGAGACUCUACAACAAUGCUCAGAAUUUUAGUUGGAAAAACCAAGUUAUCUAUAUACCAAAACAAGAUGACUAUACUUAUAUAAAGCAUACGACCAUAUGGAAAAGCUGAAGUCACCUCCCCAACGGAACAUUUUCCAAUUUAAAGGUAAUAAAAACAUUUUAAGAGUCAUAAUAUAUUGUCUAAAUGACCCAUGAUAAUAUUUGGGUUAAAUAACCCAUGAUCUA